AGCGAGAUUCACCUGGGUUGACUCGACACCAUUUUUGAAAACCCCAGCGACUGCUUACACCAAGAUGGACGUGGAGAACAGUCUCUUGACGCGGCUAGCCGCCAACGGGCCAACUAUGAGCGACGCUCCCAUGCUUCUGAUGGCUGUGGUGCUGGUGUUGGCGCUAUCGGGCGUUGCGUCCACCGUCUCACAGCAGCGACAGAAGGCAAACGAGGACGAGACUCUGCAAGGCCGUAAGCUCACGCGCAAGCUCAGCAACAUCGGCCUCUCGACGCUCGUUACGGAGGUACCCACCAACCUAUCCAUUCCCGUGUCUGUCUUAACCGUGGAAGGCCAUCUGACCAAGGAGGACUACAUUGAGCGCUUACGUGCACGUUUACUGCACGAUGCUUUCUUCUUGCGCUGGCGCAGCGUCGUCCGUGGAGACUACAAAACGGGCGUCUACAAGUACGUGGAGGUACCUGACUAUGACGUUGCGCAGAACGUGGUGGAGCACACGGUUGAUGAAGGAGAGACCACCAUGUCGUACGUUGAGUCCGCUAUUGUCAACACACCGCUGGACUUCGACAAGCCACUGUGGGAGAUGCACGUGAUCCACGACCCUAAGAGCAACCCGGGCGUCACCAGCGUCGGGUGGAAAGUGCACCAUUGCCUCGGAGACGGUGCCUCGCUUGCCACGGCCAUGGCCAAGCUCAGUGACCAGAGUGAGCUCUUCGACGCCAUGCUCGAGAAGCGCUUACAGGCCAAGAAGAACCCAAAGAUGCCGAAGCCUCGCAAACCCGUGACCCAGACCAUUAAGGACAUUUUGAUCUUCCUGUACGUCUGCAUCUGGUCAGUCUACGUGAUCUCGUAUCACAUGUUCGCACUUGUGGCUCGUCGUGAACCUGCCACGGUCUUUAAGCGUCCCGGAGGCAAGCAAAAACGUCUAUCAUACAACAUGAUCUACUCUGUUCAGACCACCAAGGCCGUGGGCAAACACUUCCGCGCUACAGUGAACGACGUGAUGCUCAAUGUCGUGGCAGGUGCCAUGCGCAAGACCAUGUUGGCUAUGGGCGAGUCUGUGGCUCCAACACUUAAGGUACGCAGCGCCAUCCCAGUGGACAUGCGCUCCAGCACGGAAGUCAUCCGCCACACUAGCAACCGCUUCUCUUCACUCGUGAUUGACCUUCCAAUCGGCGUCGAGGACCCUGCUCAGCGUCUGUACCAGGUCACGGCUGCUAUGAACGAGGCCAAAAAUUCACUGGAGAAGUUCUUCGUGUACUGGUCGAGCCACUUCGUGUCCAAGUUGCCAGCACCACUUAUGCGUUUGGUCGUACACUUCACUACCAGUCGUAUCUCCGUGGCUAUUAGCAAUGUGCGUGCCAGUGUCGUAGAAAUGAGUUUAUGCAAGAGUCAAGUGUCGGGCUUCUACGGUUUUGUGCCACCGCCGCCGUCUGUGAACCUUGGAGUGGCCAUCCUGUCGAUGGGCGAUAAUCUGGGUCUGAAUGUCCUUGUGGAUCCAUGUGUCGGUGUCAACGCUAAGCAAUUCCUGGAAUUUGCGAAGGAAGAAUUCACUGCGCUUCAAGAAUCGGUUGCUGCCAUUGAGGCCAACGCUAAUGAAGACAAGAAGACCAAGUAAAAAGCAAACACGGCAAAUUUAAUGAACUGGGCCACUCGUCUACAAAUAUUGGGCACAGGUUUGACGAUAUCGCUAAACGUUGCCUAGACUGGGAGGCUGCCUUGUCGAAAAUGAAACGUAAUGUUGUAUGCUAAAUGCUUUGUUAUCUUAUUCGAAUACUACUAGUAUUUUUUAGCCCUGUUCAACGUGAACUUCACGUGGGUAUUUAUAUGAUCGUUGACGAG